CCCACGCACAAGCCAUUAAACUCAGGCACUGCACAGGCGUCGCGCCUGUCGCGUUUAGCACUUAAUAUGAAACAGGCGCAGCUGCGGACAGAUUGCACAAAGUCUAUGCAUUAAUUGAUAAGAUAUGCACCAGAUAUAUUCCUGAGGAAUUUGGCAGGCCUUGGAAAAAGCUGCGUUGCUCAGCAGGCUCAGCACCUGUGCAGCAUUUUCUCGCGCGCUGUAGUAUUCAGCGCUAAGAGCUAUGGAAAACCCUGUGGCCGCUGAGGUCAUCGCGGCCUUCCAGGAGGGUUCACAGGCUCAGCUGGGCGCGGUUGCAGCGAUUCUUGUACGCCCAGGGGCUGCGAGCCAGUUUGCGAGCUAUCUGAAAACAAAUGGCGCUUCCAAGGACGCCGCGAGGCUGGUGGACAAGUGUCUGCAGGCGCUGCGCCGCGGCACGGUCGUCAUCGCCGACGCCUUGCAGCAGCCCGGCGCCGCCGCUGCCCCGCACCCGCACCACGACGAGGACGCGGAGGCCGGCGAGGUGCUGCAGCGGCUGCGCGACGGCGCCAUCGCCGGCCUGUACCGGGCGGCGCUGGGGGUGAUGGGCGGUGACGGCGAGGACGCCGAGCUGGGCGGCUACCCGCACGUGCUGCUGGACCACCUGGACGCACUGGGCUUCCAGCCGCUGACGCUGGUGCUGUCGGACGUGUGUCGCGGCGUGGAGGCCCGCUCCCGCGGCGCGCCCCGCCUGCUGUCGCUGCUGCCCAAGGCGGCCGGGCUGCUGGUGGCGAAGGCGGCGCCGGAGGACGAGGCCGAGGAGGAGGCGAUGGAGGACAACGGGGCGGGCGCGGGGACGGCGGCGGGCCGCCGCGGGGGGCCGGGCGCGCCGUCGGCGGCAGCGCAGCACGUGGCCACGGCGCUGCACCGCCUGACGCACGCGGAGUGGGCGCCGGAGCACGCGGUGGCGAUCAUGGAUGCGCUCCGAGAAAUCAGGAUGACGCCGGCGCAGCAGCAGGCGGUGAUCACCAAAGCACUGUCGGUGUGCGGUGCCACCGCUGGUGGUGGCGGCGACGGCGGCGGCGACCUGGCUGCGCUGCCUGGGCUGCUGCGUCAGCUCAUGCGGCUGGCGGGGCCGGGGCACCGGGCCAUGGUGCUGCGGGGUGUGCUCGCGCUGUUCGACCGGCUGGAGGCAGCGCACCGCCGCGCCCCCGCUGCCGCCGCCGCCGCCGGCCCCGCCGCGGCCAUGGGGCCGCCCGCUGCAGCCGGCGCUGGUGGUCUGGUGGCGGCGGGCGGCAUCAGCGGUGCGCUGGCGGCGGUGGAGGGCACGGCGUUGGUGACACUGGCGGACGCGUUCAAGUACGACGGCGUGCUGGCCAAGGAGCUGAUAAAGCUGGUGGAGUGCUCCCCCUCCGCGCCCAGCCGCUUCUGCCUGCUGCUGCUGUUCACGCUGUCGCAGCAGCACAAGCAGGAGGGGCCCGUGCGGAACCUGCUCAAGCACCUUGUGUCGGCGGGAUUCCAGUGGGACGCCACGCGGGCCGCCAGCGCCUGGCUCAGCAGCCUGCCCGCACUGCCGCGCCCGGGCGGGCAGCAGCUGCGGGCGGCGCUGCUGGCGGCAGUCAGGACUAGCGGCGUGGGCGGCGAGGUGGUGGUGCCGGGCAUUGUGGCCCUGGGGGCGGCGCUGCUGGGGUGCUGCCCGCCCGCGGAGGCGCUGGCGCUGGUGCAGCGCAAUGAAGCGGCGCUGGCGGCGGCGGCGGCGGCACCGGGUGGCGGUGGCGGUGGCGGUGGCGCUGCCGCGGCUGCUGCAGCGGAGGCGGCGGCGGGUGGUCUGCAGGGCCGCGGCUCGGCGGGGCUACAGAGCGCGCUGCUGGGUAUUGAGCUGCUGCAGGCCGCCUUCGAGGCGCACGUGGAGGCACGCGGCCCCGUGCUACGGCUGUGCCAGGAGGCGCUGGGUGGUACGUCCGGCGGCGGCACGGCGGCUGCCGGCAGCGGCGGCGGCGGCGGCGAGGCGGCUCUGGCGGCGGUGCUGCUGCUUGGCAACCUGGUUGCGCGCUGCCCGGCGCUGCUGUACGAGCACACGCCCAAGCUCAAGGACGCGCUGCAGAGCUUCCUGCUGCUGCCCGCCCCCGUGGCGCUGGGGCUGCUGCUGGCGCUGUGGCCGCUGGCGGCCGGCACGGCCCGCGGCCCUCACAACCCUCACCUUCACGGUGGCGGUGGCGGUGGCGGGGGUGGCGGCGGCCGCCGCGACCUGCGCGACUACGCGGUGAUGCUGCUGCGCAAGGUCAUGUUCGCGCGGGAGGCCGCCAGCAGGCUGGUGGCUGUCCGCGGCUUCCUGUUCAUCCUGCUGCAGCAGCUGGAGGCGCAGGUGGCGGCGGCAGGCGGGGCGGCAGCAGGCGCCGCGGCGGGGCAGGACGAGGACGAGCGCCUGGAGGCGGCGGCGGCGGCCGCAGCGGCAGCGGCCGGCCCCAGCUUCAGCCAGGCGUCAGCCAGCCAGUCCUGCAUGAGCCAGAUGUCGGCUCUGGCCAGCGGCGGCGGCGUUAGCCUGCAGCACGAGCUGCAGGGCUUCCUGCGGCGGGCGCUGGGACAGCAGGCGGGGGUGCGGGCGGCGCUGUACGGCGGGCUGGGGCAGGUACUGGAGGUGGACGCGGGCUCGCGCGACAUCGUGUUGGAGCUGGUGGGGCCGCAGCUGCAGCGCUACCUGGCGCCGCCGCCCGCCAUGCCGCCGCUCAACACACGGCUGCUGGUCAGCGGCGGCAACAGCGGCAGUGGCGGCGGCUGCAACGAUGGCGGCGGCGGCUGUGUAUCGCUGUUGGAGCCGCUGCCGUCGCUGCUGGACGCCGCGCGCAAGCUGGUGUUCCUCAGCCGGGAGCCGGGCGAGGGGCCGGCCUGGCUGCAGGAGCAGGAGGGGGGCGGCGGCGAGGGCGAUGCCAUCAUGGUGGAUGAGGAGGAGGAGGAGGCGGGCGGCGAUGUGGCGGAUGACGCGUCCGUGCAGGCGCUGGUGCGCGGCUGGGACAGCUUCGCCCGGCGGCUGACGCGCUGCCACGCGGAACACUUUGACCUCAACACCGCCGCCGAGCUCAACCCGGGCACUGCCGCCGGGGCGGCGCGGCAGCUGCAGGCCGUGUGCCUGCUGGGCGCCAUCGAGGUGGUGAUGCAGGAGCUGGUGCACGUGGCCACUGGCCCGGGCGGCAACGACUCCGCUGCGGCCAGCGGCGACCGCCUGACGCGGCUGUUCGAGCUGCACUGCCGCAUACACGACCUGGCCAGGGAGGCCAAGGCCACGCCCGCAGGCGGCCGCGGCAAGAACGCCGCGGCAGCGACCGAGGCCGGCGGCGGCGGCGACAGCGCGCACGUGGGCUCCGACGGCGCCACCACCGCAGUGGGUGUGGUGGGGCCGGGCACCGGCACCGCGCCGCCCGGCGCAGCCGCCCCCGGGGCCCUGAAGCGGCCGCGCGAGCUGCUGUGCCCGGACCUGGUGCCCGCCGACGCGCGGCCGCCGGCGCUCAGCUGGGGCUGCCUGGGGCGGCUGUGCGGCGGCGUGCAGCGGGACGGCCUGGCGCACGACAUGCGCGACGAGCCGGGCGCAGGCCCGUCCGCCCACACCCGCCUGGCGCGCAGCCCCCUCUUCCGCGCCUUCGUGCUGCGCAGCUGCCACAACCGGCUGCGCGCCGCCGCCGGCGCCUCCUCCACCUCCUCAGCUGCCGCCUCGUCCUCAGGGGGCGCGCUGGCGGACGCGCUGGUGGCGUGCGCGCAGCGGCGGCAGGCGCGGCGGGCGCAGCGUGUGGAGGAGCGCAGUGGCGGCGGCAGCGGGUUAGGAGGCGGGGCAGGCCCCGCAGCAGCAGCCGGAGGUGGCGGGGCGCUGGAGGCGCCGUGGCAAAAGAUGGCGCAGCCGCUGGUGCUGUUGUGCCAGAUGCUGCUCAGCACCUGGACCGGCCCCACCAAGCGCCCGCCCGCGCCGCGCAAGGCCGGCGGAGGCGGGGGCCCUCAGGCGGAGGCGGAGGCGCGCGCGGCGCGGCGGGAGGCGGCGGCGGCGGACUCGCUUGCGGGCUUGGCGGUGGGCUGCCUGCGGGAGCUACUGGGCGGCGCGGCGGCGCUGGGCGGACUGAGGCUCGUGGCGUGGGUGCUGCGCGGGUUGCCCAUCCACUGCCAGGACACGCAGGCCCAGGUGGACGAGACCUUUCUGCCCCCGGCCGAGGUGGUGGUGGCGCGGCUGCCGCACUUCGCGGACAUGCUCACAGCGCUCAUGGGGGCGGGCAGCUUCAAGGAGGCCGCUGCGCUGGUGGAGGUGGUGGUGGGCCUGGCGCGGCUGCUGCCGCCGGCGGCGCAGCUGAGCGUCAGCGACGUGCUGUGGGAGCGCCUGCACCAGACGGAGCCGCGGGUCAAGUACGCGCCGCUGGUGCGCGCACUCUUGUCGGCGCACGUCGGCCUGCGAGGCUCGGAGGACGCGACUGCGCUCAAGGCCGUGGCGCUGAGUGUGCAGGCCAUCAUUGGGGCGGUGGGGGUGGCCACGCAGGAGGAGCCGUCCGCCCCCGGCGCGCUGCACCAGGAGACCGGGCAGUACGCGGCGCUGGAGGUGCUGCAGCUGCUGGGGCAGGGGCUGGCGCAGGCGGAGGAGGCGCUGGCGGCGGCGACACGCGUGGCGGCGGGAGGAGGCGGCAGCGGCGACGGCGAACCUGCGCCAUCAGGGUCAGGCGCGGGUGCCGGCGGCGCUACGGGCACUGGCCGCGGCGGGCGCGGCGGUGGCGGCAGCGGAGGCGGGCGGCCGGGCUCUGGUGCCGCCGCCAGCCGUGUGCUUGUGCAGCUGAGCGAGGCGGUGGGGCGGCGGCUGGUGCGGCUGCUGGACGUGCUGAACGUGGUGGUCAACACGCGACUGGCGUUCCCGCAGGUCCUGGAGGCACAGACGGAGGUGGUCAUCCGCGCCUUCAAGCUAUUGGGGGCGCUGGCCAAGAUCUACCUGCCGGCCAAGGGGGCUGCAGCUGCAAGCGCGCCGGCAGCGCCGCCCAUCAGCAAGACGUUCCAGGACCUGGUGGCGCAGGUGCACCGCGACCUCACGCCCUCCGUGUACGCCGCCAUGCACGACGACGUGGGUGUGGGCGCCACGGCCGCGGCAGCCGGCGCCGAGGGUGACGAGGCGGGAGGCGCCAGCAAGCAGCUGCGCGCCAAGGCCAAGCGCGACUCCAAGGCAUACUCGCAGCUAGUGUUUGCGCUGGAGGACUUUGAGAAGCAGCUGCUGGCCCUGGACAAGGUGUUCAAGUCCUCCGGCAUCAACCUGAUGAAGGGCGCGAAACGCUCCACGAACCGCGACUUCGCGUUCACCGGCGGCGCGGCCGGCGGCACCAGGCGGGGGGACACGACGGCGAUGGGAGGAGACCAGAUGGACCGGCACGAGGGGGCCUGAGUAGCAGCCAACGGCAGCAGGGGCCUACGUUCUGCAUGAGGUGCAUCCGUGAUUGCUGCCGGGUGUUAGUGGGUGAAGGUCCUUUCGAGGGCUUCCACAGUCGUGCGUUGGGGCAUGACAAGCGGCGGCAGCUGCGGAGGAUGGGAGGUCGGCUGGCGGUGGUGCCAUGUCAGCGGUGCACCCUGGGACUGGGAAUGCCUGUGCGUUGGGUGGUCAGGUGCCGUCAGUGUGUGGGAUCACAACAUACUCGGAUCCACAACACACUCAUAUGAAAGUUACAUGCUACCCCCACACGAGGGGGACAAGCCAAGUUACAAGCAUACAAGCACACAGAAACUGUCCAGUCCUAAGCCUGCUGCUCAUACCGGAUUACUGGUACAUGAUAAUGACGAGUGUUGCGGAACUAAUGCGUACGCAGACCAGAGCGGAAGGCGGAGUGGGCUUGCAGGCCACACGAGAGUAGUCAGUAGCGCAAAUUGUACAUGAAUCAUGAAUGCCGCAUGCGGCAAUGCUGUUGGGAAGAAUCAAGUGGAGGGUACACCCUUGCGUACGAGCAUGCCGCCGCCUGUGCUGUUUUGUCUAUGAAGGGCUUGCCAGCCGCCAACGUAGGUUACCGUUAAGUGGUUGCCCGUGCAAGGUCGUUAGCCGACGCGAGCCAACUUAUUGUGCGUUAGUUUGUGGCCCUGUGUAUAGAGCCAGAAUGCUUAUGUUGUCAUCAUCGAGAUGGCGCAGCGGAAGCGUGCGGGGCUCAUAACCCCGAGGUCCCAGGAUCGAAACCUGGUCUCGAUAUAUGAUCACCUCUCCAUAGCUCAGCUGGAAGAGCGAAGGACUGUAAUUGUUGAUACAU